AUGUCUUCCGAAAAUGUUGCCAACGAUGGAGCAAAAGAAGCGAAGCCAGAAGAAACAAGGUUUACUCUUUAUUUUGAAUGUAAAACCUAUGAGUAAGUUUGAAUUUAUUUGGUUUUUCAAUGACAUAAAUAAUAUAUCAUUAGUUGAUGGUUAACAUAAUUUUUCCAUCUGUUAGCCUUCGAAUUUUACAUUGAUUUUGGUGUCAAAAGAUGCGGCAAUUUCGUGUUGUUUGUUUGAUAUCUGUUUUGCCAACUUUAUCACACUUUUAAAUGUGAAUUUUCAGAGAAGAACCUGUCCUAGUACCCAUGAGUGAUAUAUUUGUGGAGAAAUGUUUUGUUAUUCAGAAGGCCGUGAAUCUUGGAAAUGAGAAAACUAAUUGCGUUAUCUUGCCGUGUGAAUGGACAGCUUUUGAGAUGAGAUUGUUGGAUCAUAUGUUUCAGUAUAUUAUAUUUGUCGCGGAGAAAUGUCACAUUGAAAAUAUUGACCAGUUGGAUCAAAAAGAGUGGAAUGUUCAUAUUGUAAGUUAUUUCACGAAAUUUUUACGAUUUUUGUAUUUUAGAAGAUGUAAACUUGUCAAUUAAAGACAUAAAUCUUGUUUUAGUUCAACUACCGAGCUCGUUUCUUGACUGGACUUUUCAAAACUCAACAAACUCUUCAACUUCUGCCUAGUAUAAGAAAGGCCGCUGACUUUUACAAUUUCCCAGCUGUAAUGGCGUACAUUGACAACGUAUAUGCUGCUCAUAUGUUUGAGAGCGUAUGUGGGUCGCAAAAACGACGAAACUUUGGCCCAGUGGAUUCGUUGCAAUCUGGCAGAAUUUUGGAUCAAGAAUAA